AGUGCUAAGCGGGACUUUUAAUUUUCGCAGCGGUAGGAAAAGCAAAAUGGAAAGCUGUGGAUCUUACGCAAGCGGAUAAAGUUCAUUACAAGCCGGGUUAUUGCUUAUAUAUUUGACAGGCUGAUAAAGACAAACGUGUUCUCAUUGUGAUUAUGGCUGUUGGAGAGCUCUGUCUAAUUGAUAAAGAUAUAUCAAGUCUUCUAGAGGUCUCACUGAAUCCCAGCAUUUCAUCCCUGAAUCUCCACUGCAAUCGUCUCACUAAGAUUGAAGGAUUGACGACAGCAUGGCACAUAAGGCAUCUGGACCUGUCAUCCAAUCACAUCUGUCGUAUAGAGGGAUUAGCUUCCCUGUCAUCUCUGCGCACCUUAAACCUGUCUUGCAACUUAAUUACCAAAGUAGAAGGGCUCGAUGGACUAACAAACCUCACACGACUGAAUUUGGCCUACAAUCAAAUAAAUGACCUAACUGGUCUCUUGUAUCUCCAUGGAGCAAACCACAAACUCAAGUACCUGCAGCUUCACAACAAUCGUUUGGAUAGUAUGAACCACCUGCUGCAAUGCAUGGUGGGACUGCAAAAUCUGAAAGAUAUCACUCUUAGCAAGGACGGUGCAGAGAAUCCAGUCUGCAAAAUGAUAGGCUACAGAGAGAUGGUUCUUCAAUCUCUGCAUCAGGUUACUACACUUGAUGGAGUAGAUCGCAUGGGAAACACAUGUCCAAUAGCAGAGGACAGUCCUAUGGAUGUUCCCGGUCUCGAGGACUUCCUCGAGUUUCUGAUUUCAUCCGAUGCCAGUGUAAAUGGAGAACUGGCAAAGUCAGAUGCUCCUCUAACUACUCCACGGAUUGAUGAUGUCCUGACCCAGUUUCGACAGCGAGGUGGAAAACCAUCUACAGAAAAUCAAGAAAAUGAGCAGCGAAUUAAAAAACUUGAGCAGCAGGUUUCCCAUUUAAUACAGAAGGUCCCUAAAAGUGAUAGAGUUAACUCCAGCAGUACUGCGCAGCCUUCUGUGAUGCGUAAAGCAAAAAGAGACACUGAUCAGACAUCAGAGAGUGAAUAUGACAGUGGAAAAGAGAACCAGCGGCAUUCAAGAGUUCUGUUUCAUCCCAGAGGCUCUGCAGGGAAAAAACUGUCCAAGGACACCAAACCCAAACAAUCUGACUGUGUGGGAAAUACACAGAAGCAGAGGUCCACAAAGCUGACUGUUUGUCCCCGUAGGAGUACAUCAAUCCAGAGCUCAGAGACUACUGAAACCACAGAAUCUGUCAAAAAGGGCCCCAAAAUCAUAAAAUCAGGCCCCAAAAGCUCAAGUCAAUCGCAAGAGGAAACCUACAAAGCAAUAGUGGAAGAGCGAGACCAGGAGCGAGAGCGGCGCUGGAAAGCUGAGCAGGCUGCGAAAAAGCUUACCGAACAGGUCAAGAACUUGCAUACUCAAGCCAGUGAGGAAAAAGACUUGCAGAGUUUGGCCUUACACACCACAGACAGGUUGAAGGAGAUGUUACUAAAAGAGCGUUCGGAUCGUGCAGGACUGCAGACUCGUUUGCAGGAGUUGGAGGAGAGGUACAGGUCUACCGUAGAGCAGCUGGAGCAGGUGCGCAACCGGGAAGAGCAACACAAGAGGGCGCUGUCCAGUCUGGAGGACAGCAUGAGUCAAGCAGAGACUCUUAGAGUUCAGCAACGUGCUGAAGAGAUGAAGAGGACUCAGGAGUUGGAGAAUAAAGCGUCUGCUUUUAAAAGGGAGGUUGAAAUACUGCGAGCAUCUUCUAGGCAGCACAAAGAAAAGCUGCAGCAGUUGCAUGAACUACUGGCCUCCAGAGAGGAGAUGCACAGGAAAGAGCUUGCAGCACGAUUGCUUCCUGGUGGAACUGAGUUUAAAGAGGCUGUAGCCAAAGAGGUUGCUGCAACAGAGCAGAGAUUUGCCCAAAAACAAACUGAUCUGGAAGGAAAAAUUACGGAUGCUAGAAGACAGUAUGCUGCUCUAGAGGAGGAGUUUCGCAUGGCUCUUACCAUUGAAGCAAAGCGUUUCACAGAGGUAAAGGAAUGCUUCGAUCAGGUGUCUGCUGAACUCCUGGAGCUGAAGUCGGGUCUUAGCCAAUCUCAGCAGAAAGAGAAACAAUCGGCCUCUCUGGUGCAGGAGCUCACAGCUAUGGUGAAAGAGCAGAAAACACGACUUGCUGAGCUUCUCAAAGCCAAACGAGAAGCUGCCAGUGAGUUCAAGACUCGUGUGCAGUCACUGGAAUCCAGGUUAGAGGAUGAUAAACGACUGAACCUGCAGGUAGAACUACUGAGGAAAGACAAGUCCAAGCUGAUCUCCCAGCUCACCGCUCACGAGUCUGUCAUAGAUGGACUGCGGGCAGAGAGGAGGAUCUGGGGCCAGGAACUCGCACAGCAAGGUGCAUCUCUAGCACAGGACCGUGGUCGACUGGAGGCCAGGAUUGAGGUUUUGUUAACUGAACUGGAAUCGCAGAAGAAGCAGAGUGAAAGAGACAACGAUUCGCUCAGGAUCAAAACUAAGAUUGUUGAUGACCAGACGGAGACGAUAAGGAAACUUAAAGAGGCAUUGCUGGAGCGAGAUGAGCAGAUGCGUAAAGUUGGUGAUGAGAGCGUGCAGGAGCAGAGAAAGCUGAAGCAGCAGCUGGAGGAGGAAACGGCAUCUGCAGUGGAGCUCAGAGACUCGGUGGAGCAGCUCAGUCUCAGGAAGGAGGAGCUGAAACAACAGCUGUUUGAUAAGGAGGCGGAGCUUGAUGAGGCUAAAGAGACAUACAGGGCCUCAAGUAAGAAAUGGCAGGAAAAGGCAGAGGUGUUGAACAGGCUGGAGAGUCAAGUGAAGCGGAUGAAGGAGGCUUUUGAUUCCAAGGAGAAAACACUGAUGGAGGAAAGAGACCAAGCUUCACAAGCACACAGAGCGGCAGUGGAGAAGCUUCAUUGUGUGGAUGAUGCCUUCCGUAGACAACUGGAAUCUCUGCAAGCGUCACAUCAGGCGGAACUACUGAGACUUGCAAAUGACAAACAGAAACAGAUAGAAAAAGCCAAUCAGAAGGUUCUGCAGGUGGAGGAGGAAAUGCGCCAGCUGCUUGAGGAAACUGAGAGUAGUAAAAGGGUAAUGGAAGAGAAAAUGAGACGCCUCACACAAGUGCUAAAAGACUUUUAACACUCUAUCCAUUACAAACCUUAAGACAAAAAUACUUGGAAGAAAAGAUUUUCAUGAAUUUUGUCAGCUGUGUUGUGCAAACUGGAACAUAGCCUGAACUGAGACUCUGCUUCUGAGUGUUCAGCCUUUUGUGUUUAGCUGUUUUAUUGGCUUUUUACUUCCAUUUUCUUGAACAGAAAACUGGCAUAGCUGUGAAACUUCUGUCUUUUAAUGGCAAAAUACAAAACAUUAGUAAGUUAUUUUUGUAGAACUGUACAUUGAGUGUCAU